AUGUUCCAGCCGGCGCCCAAGCGCUGCUUCACCAUCGAGUCGCUGGUGGCCAAGGACAGUCCCCUGCCCGCUUCGCGCUCUGAGGACCCCAUCCGUCCCGCGGCGCUCAGCUACGCCAACUCCAGCCCCAUAAACCCGUUCCUCAACGGCUUCCACUCGGCCGCCGCCGCCGCCGCCGCCGGCAGGGGCGUCUACUCCAACCCGGACUUGGUGUUCGCCGAGGCGGUCUCGCACCCGCCCAACCCCGCGGUGCCCGUGCACCCGGUGCCGCCGCCGCACGCCCUGGCCGCCCACCCCCUGCCCUCCUCGCACUCGCCACACCCCCUCUUCGCCUCGCAGCAGCGGGACCCGUCCACCUUCUACCCCUGGCUCAUCCACCGCUACCGAUAUCUGGGCCACCGCUUCCAAGGGAACGACACAAGCCCGGAGAGCUUCCUUUUGCACAACGCGCUAGCCCGCAAGCCGAAGCGGAUCCGAACCGCCUUUUCCCCGUCCCAGCUUCUGAGGCUGGAACACGCCUUCGAGAAGAACCACUACGUGGUGGGCGCCGAGAGGAAGCAGCUGGCGCACAGCCUCAGCCUCACGGAAACUCAGGUAAAAGUAUGGUUUCAGAACCGAAGGACGAAAUUCAAAAGACAGAAGCUGGAGGAAGAAGGCUCAGAUUCCCAACAAAAGAAAAAAGGGACGCACCAUAUUAACCGGUGGAGAAUCGCCACCAAGCAGGCGAGUCCCGAGGAAAUAGACGUGACCUCAGAUGAUUAAAAACACAAACCGAAACGGACAACACGGAGCAAAACAGAGACAGGGAGAGGAGGGGUAGAAGAAAAAAACAAACCUACAAAACAAAAACAAACCGCACACACACAUUCACCGAAAAAAGGAAGAGGGAGUCAGAGAGAUCUUCGGUGCAUCGCAGACUUUGAGCAGCGAGGGCGCAGGGGUCCUGAUCCCAGGCUGCGCGGAUAUGGCAGAGGACGGAGGCUUCUUGAUCAACAUGCAACCCUUGUCUAAAGAGGCAGCUGAGUGAGAGAAAGAGAGAGAGAGAGAGAGAGAGAGAGGGAGAGAAAGAGAGAGAGAUCCAAAAGUGGCAAAGCCCAAGGCGCUCUGCACAAGGGAAGCUGUCAGUCAAACGCCAAACCAGCGAGAGAAGAUGAUUGGCAGGUAUUCCGUUUAUCACAGUCCUGAUUUGUUUUUUUUUUUUAAAUAAUGAUAAUAAUGAUGGUGAAAGAAAACCCCAACCAAGCACAGGACUUUUUAUUUUGCACUUCACAGAGUCUCCCCCCCCCCCAACAAUCUUUAAAAAUAAUUAGUAAUAAUAACAAUCGAAAUUCCAUAUCCAGCCCCAUCCUACACCUGUUCAAAAACUUGAAUUGCAUGUAGCAGUUGUUGGGUGAAUGGUAUCUAAAGACAGAAAGUGAAUUGUAAUUUUCUUUUCCUUUUAAAGACAGGUUCUGUGUGCUUUUCAUUUUGAUUUUUUUUUUCUAAGAAUGUGCAGUCUGUAAACACUUUUUUAUACCUUCUGACGUCAAAGUGAUUGUGAAAGGUACAUGAAGUAGGCUCAGCG